AUGGUACUUACACCAUUUGAAAACUGCUAUUUGGAUGCUGAAAAUGAUAUGGAAUUUGACCCUAAGCUUUCUACUCCUAGCAAUAACCUGCAGUGUCGCAGGGGGUGGGGUCAAGGUUUCCAGCCCACCAUUAUCACCAUGAUACUCUGGAUACUCACUGCUCUCAGCAUCAUUCAAGUCGUUGAUGUGACAGAAAACAAGAUUUUAGUGACACAGCGUCCUGUGCUCAGAGUAGAUAACAAAACCGCUACCUUGGUCUGCAACUAUACUUAUAAUGGAACUGGGAAGGAAUUCAGAGCUUCGUUACAUAAAGGAACAGACAGUGCAGUUGAAGUCUGCUUUGUUUCAUGGAAUACAACCAAAGGUAACAAUACCCAGUCAAGUAACGGUUUCACCUGCCAUGGUUAUCAGGAUGAUCAAAAGAAGCAUGUAAUCUUCAACCUUUCAAACAUGAAUCCCAACCACACUGAUAUUUACUUCUGCAAAAUUGAGGUCAUGUAUCCACCUCCUUAUGUCUGCAGUGACAAGAGCAAUGGAACUAUCAUCCAUGUGAGAGACGUGCCCUUCCAACAAUCAGAGCUUCUUCAGUCUACAAGAUACUUUUGGCUUAUGGCAGCAGCAAUUGGAGUUUUUGCUAUCUACAGUAUAAUAAUAACUGUAGCCUGUAUUCACUGUUCGCUGAAAAACAAGAAGAACCGAAUCCUCCAGAGUGACUACAUGAAUAUGACUCCCCGACAUCCUCAAGGUCCAAAGAACAAGUGUUACCAGCCCUAUGCACCAACUCGAGAUUACACUGCAUACCGUUCUUGGCAGCCAUGACUAUCCACUUACCAAACUAUACCCCUGGAUGUGCUUGUAUUCUACCAGGUGCCCUUGGACAUGGAAGGACAGCCUGCCAUUAUCUCAUUGUGUUUGCUAUUACUGAUCACAGAUACCUACGUCAUAGCAAAUACUGGCUAACCUUUAAUUGGUGUUCCAUAAAAACUGACUAUUUUCUACAAUGGUAGAACUGAUGAGCUACAACUCAUAUUCAAGCCUGAUGGUGGCUCAGGGGGAAAGGUAACAUUGGACCCAGUAGGUGGUGUAUUUUUAAUCUUUGCAAUUUUUGCUCAAUUGCUCAGGAAGCCAGAAUUGUUGAUCUUUCCUAAUUUCUUAUGCCUUAUAUUUCUCUUUUAACACUUAUAACUUGAAGAAUUAGAAUGUUCUGAAAUGCAACCCUAGUUGGUUGCUGUGAAAUAAGGCACCAAUCAAACUACUGAUGCAAACUGGUUCCCUGUCCCUUCAAACAGUGAAAGCUCAUUUUAAAGUUCAGAACAUAUGCAUAAGAGAACAGGAGAGGCAGAUCAGUUAUGGCACAGAUCAGCUGUAAUGACAGAUCAAAACCACUGUACAUUAAGUGGGUGAUUCCUUUUGCUUUUUAAAUUCUUGAGCUGGUAACUGUAAUGUCUGCAGCAGGUAGAUUUGACUAGGGAGAGGACACCUGAGGACACAAUUCCAUGCAGUAAGAAAGCAAUUGACCUGAAAGGCAGAUCUAGAAAAUCCAGGGAGGAAAAAAGAUCUGCUGCCAUCAUGAAAAGCCCCUUUUGAAUUAUGAUGGCCUACAACAAAGAAAUUCAAGGACUUGAGUAAAAUCUUAGGGAAAACUGGUGAGAAAAAUAUUCAUUAGAAAACACUGAGGCCAGAUUUUGAAAAAAAGGCUCUGUAACUAAUGUGAAUCAAAUUUACUGAGAUCUCUUGCAAAUCUAUCUACUUCUGGAGCCCAAAUAGGAAAUGAGCUUUUUAAAAAAUCUGAGCCCUAUAAUGAACAAUAGUAUCAUUUGAAAAUCUUCCCUUAUGGUCUCCCAAUUCUCACUGUGGUCUACAGGAACCUUGAAGGAAUAUGUUCCAAGUGGGGGAUUAUGUUCUUAUGUAGACAAUUCCUUAGGCACACUCAUGCAGGAAUAAAACAAGCACUGGAAUAAACCCUGUUUUGUGAUUCCUGUGUGAUAGGUUUCCAUGAGCAAUGCUCACAAAACUCUAAUAGGGUUAGUUCAGCAAAAAGUCCUUGUAUUCUUGGAAAGAGAGAUUCUUCUAUCUGAAGUUGAGCAAAAAAUAAGAAUUUCCAACCUGUGGGAAAUUCUGAUAGUUCAAGUUUGUUUUCAUCCUAUACCAGGACAAAAAGUUGAAAUAAUGAAUUUCUUUGCAGAACAAAAAUGGAAAAAAAAAAUAGCAUAAGGAAUAGUGAAACAAUUUGCUUUGACAACUUUAAAAUGAAACAAAGUACCAUGACACAUCUCCAAAUAGAAAAAUUCAUUUGAGUUUGUUGAACUGACCCAAAACACUGCAUAUAAAACCUUGCUGCCAUGCAUUGCUUUAUGAGAGUUAUAGAUCAGCAGUCUGAUGCCAUCUUUCUCCCUGGGGAGAGUGCAUCUCCUAUGAUGCAUAUGCCAUCAUAGUAUUUGUGCAGUCAUAUGCAUCACACUCCUUGGUCAGAAGGGACACUAUACUGCCUUACAGGAGAUGUGGUCAGGUUAGGGAGAGCAGCCUACUAAGAAAAAUGGGGGAUUGAACUAUAAUUUUCAUGAGGCAACACAGGACAAUAGGCAGUGCAAUAGCAAGGUGUGGGGGGUGAGCAGGGCAACUGCUCUGGGCACUGAAGUGAAGGGGUGCCAACAGGCACUGCCCAACUGGGGAAGGGCACGGGACAGAGCUGCAAGUGGCUUGUUUGGAGAGGUGCAGGGAUGGGGGGAGGGUGGCUCCCGCUGUUGCAUGCACUCCUGGGCAAGCAUGGUGGGGGUGUGCACAGUGUGAGGGUGGGCUGCUACUGUAGGCUUUGCCCUGGGCACCAAACUUCUUUGCCAUGGUACUGACAAUAGGGAAAUGCUCAAUACUGAACUGACCCUUAAGGCUAGGGACAGACAUUACAUUACAUAUAAACCGGUUUAAGUGAUCAGAAACUGGUUUAAACCUGUAACAGAACAGACAUUCAGUGCAAGUAAACCAGUUUGAAAAUGGCUGAAAUUGGUUUGAGAUAAACCUAGUUGAAUGUAGUAUCAGACUUAACUGAUUUGGGUCAAACCAGUUUAUGCAAUGUCUGUCCCAGACCCUUCGCUGGUUUAAGCUAAACCAGAUUCCCCAGCAUCCUGGCAUACUCUCUGGGCUGGGUGGGGCUCUCUCCUCCACAGCAGAGCUGGCCCCUCCCUUCUGCCCCAUGGCUGGAGCUCUGACAGAGACUUGCAGGUUCAGCAGGGGCUGCUGGUUUCCCCAUGUCACCCUUCCCCCUCUUACCACUUGCUGCUUAAGCAGAGAUCCCUUCCUCUUCUCUCCCACAGCACGGACCUAGCUAGCAUGUGGUAUGCUAGCUAAUGCUGUGUAAGGCAGAUACGACAGUGUAGAUUUAGGGCUUUUUAGAGCUAAUCAACAGCUCAGCUGGUAAUAUACCUGCAUUCCUUCCUUUGGAAAAAACUGUUUAAGAGAGCUUGAACUAAUGACCAAGGCUUUAUUUUUCUGAUGGGGUGGCAAAUGCUGAUAACACAGCUGAUAAAUGCACUAUUAUCAGGAAAGGGGAAGGACCCCUCCUUAAUCACAGUGUCGUGCCGGGGUCUGGCCAUGCCCCCCUCAGCUCAGCCCAGUGCUCUAGCACUCUCCGACUUCUAGCCUGAGCCACUGCUGGCAUGUGCCAGCAUUUUUUUCAGUCCAGGGGGAUGUCUGUGCAGUUACAAAGUGAUUUAGCCUAGCCAGGUUAGACUAACCUGCAAAGAUUGAAUCAAUUCAGGCUCAGGCUUUUUGAAUAUCUGUCCCUAGCCUAAAAGUUUGAUUUCAAUUCAUUUUAACUGAAAUAUUCAGAUUUGGACUGACCCAACUCAAAACUAAAUAUUUUGGUUUUGUUUUCCCCAACAGAAAUGAAAAAACCUAACCAAAUUUAAAAUUUUCCUGCUUAUAGGAUUGAUUUUAAUAAUUAUGAGAGAAAGUUCUUGACCAGGUCUAAUUUCACCCUUUCUAAUUUAAAAUUGUUCAGGGUUAAUUGCUUGGAUAAGUCACAGGAGCAAGGCAGGAAUGAGUCUGGGGUGUUGAGAGUUAUAGUCCAGUCCCUGAUUUUUUCAUUGCUCUUAGGCAGCGGUUCCCAACCUGUGGUAUGGGUACCACCAGUGGUACCUAAAGUUCUGUUGUUUUAAAUUGGUAGUGUGCAACGUGUCAGAGUUCAGGAACCACUGCUCUAAGGAGAAGCAAGCUGCAUUGUUUCUUUUGCUGAAAAGCCUACUUUCCCUUUUUGAAGUGGCCUCAGUGUUCUAGCUGGUGCCCUUGAAGGUGGGAAAAGCUAAGCUCUGCCUAUCCCUUGACUCUGUUUAACCACAUUGAUGUGAAUCAGGAAGUGGGAACCCAGUGGUUACUCUUUGCACUGAGCAGGACUUAGCCAGGCAGCUUGGGCAGAUGCAAGGCGAUUCUUUACUCCCAGUCUGUGAUAAUUUCACCAAUGUUAACAUAUCACCUCUGAUGGCAUCAUUUUGCUGACCUUAUGAGCAGACAUCCUGUAACUUAACAAAUGCAUGCUCUAGUUAGAAUGUACUGUGAAAAUAACAUCUUAUACUUUCCCACCAGUAUAAGGUGAGGUGCAAGUGUGUACAGUAAGCAAUUAAGACAGAAAGCCAACAUUUCUAGUUUACAUUGCGUAUAUAUUGUCAUACUCUAGAACUAGAGUGUCUCUUUCACUGGGUCCACACUCCUUAGAGUUUUAGUGUACUUUUUGUAAUAAUUCUUUAAAAUUGUUAAACAGAUCUAGUAAAUUAAUUUUCAGCAUUUGUUGACAACUAGUAACUAAUUAAUUUGUUAUAAAAAGGAAGUAUUAUGUUUUAAAGUAAACAUUGGCAUAAUUUAUUUUCCUCUCCUAAAGCUUCACUGGGUUUUUCAGUUGACAUACAGACAUGUUGUCAGGAUAGUAUCAAGAUGUAGAGAGUGUUUUGUAGUUCACGUCUAGGUAUUGAGAGAACUGAAUGCGUCAUUGACAUUAAAGUA